GAGACUCCGCCGGCCCAAGCCCAGCAUCUCCGAGCGGGGCCGCUCUCGGCGCCCGCCAUGGGGCCGGGCUGAGCCGCCCGCCGGCCGGACAAGUAGGAGCCGGGAUGGAGGGCACCGCGGAGCUCAGCCAGGAGGCGGUGCUGCGCUUCCUCGGCCAGCACGGGGGCCGAGUCCGCAACGCCGAGCUGGUGGAGCACUUCAGGGGCGCCCUGGGCGGAGAGCCCGAGCAGCGGGCCCGCGCCCGCGAGCACUUCAAGCAGCUGGUCAACGCCGUGGCCACGGUCCGCACCGACCCGGCCGACGGCGCCAAGUACGUGCACCUCAAGAAGAAGUUCAGCGCGGGGCUCCCGCCGCCCGAGGAGCCCCCGGGAGAUCUGCCGCGCAUCUCAGUGACCGCGGAGCCCUGCGAUGACGAUCCGGGGACCCCAGAGGACCUGGCCCAGCCUGGGGAGAGCGACCCGCUCCCCGCAGAGGCGGCCGAGCACCCCCCGGCGGAGGGCCCGGCCGGGGAGAGCCGGAGUGAGCCGCCCAGGUCCGGGCAGGUGCCGGCCCUGAGCGUCGGGGUCCGGAGGAGAAACUCGGGGCGCAACCUGCAGCCCCUGCCCCGGGCACCGCCCCCAGGGCUCUGCGAGGAGCUGGAGCCCCCGCCUCACAGCUGGGAGGACGCGGAUGGGAGCAGCUCCUCUGGGGGAGCCACCACCCCGCGAUCUACCCGCAAGAACUUCCGAGACCUGGUGAUGGGCAGCUCCCCGCAACUGAAAAGGAGCUUCUUUCCGGGGGGCAGUAGCCCGGGGAGCUCCUCCGGGGGAGGCCGCGGCAAGGGCGGAGGGGACUCGGACAGCGCCUCCCUGGCUUCGUCGUCGGCGGAGGAGGAGGGCAGCGGCGGGGGCUCGGUGACGCUGGACCCCCUGGAGCACGCCUGGAUGCUCUCGGCCUCGGACGGCAAGUGGGACAGCCUGGAAGGGCUGCUGACCUGCGACCCCGGCCUGCUGGCCAAGCGGGACUUCAUCACCGGCUUCACCUGCAUGCACUGGGCCGCCAAGCACGGCAGGCCGGAGAUCCUGGCCAGGCUGGUCAACUUCGCCAACAAACACCAGCUCCCGGUGAACAUCAACGCCAGGACGAGCGGGGGCUACACGGCCCUGCACUUGGCGGCCAUGCACGGGCACGGGGAGGUGGUGAAGCUGCUGGUGGGGGCCUACGACGCCGACGUGGACGUCAGGGACUACAGUGGGAAAAAGGCGUCGCAGUAUCUGAAUCAGAGCGUCGCCGAGGAGAUCAGGAACCUGGUGGGAGCCUUGGACGAGGCCGACGCGGAGAGCGCAGCCGGCAGUGGAGGUGGGCGCUGGAGCUUUUCGAAGGUGCUCCCCUCGCAUAUCAUCACCCACAAACUGUCGCACACCCUAGAGGACGGAGGGGAUCACCACCACCACCAUCAUCACCCCCACCACCUCUUGGCCGAGGCGUGGGCUGGAGGAGGCAAAGCAAAGGAUUCAGGUCGCAAGGCCUCAGUCGGCUCUAGCGGGCGGUUAAAACCCAGACUCAACAAAAUCCGUUUUCGAACCCAGAUCAUCCACACCACACCCUCCUUCAGGGACCUGGAGCAACCACUAGAGGAGGAGGAGGAAGACGAACGGCCCCUGAAAGGCCACACAUCCUCCUCAUUCAAACUGAGACCGAAGUCCAACGUAUUUGGGUAAAAGUAAUUUCUUCUAGACAAUUGUAAGGUUCGUUUGCCUUCGGGAAUAGAAUACGGGGCGUGGGCCAGGAAGUGAAACCAGAAAAGACCGAGGCUAAAUUCUGUAAUGGAGCAGGUGGGAUGGAAGAAGUAACAGGUAAAAACACCUGGCUUUCCGUGCGUGUGCCCGUGCCGUCUGCAGGCUAGCCUUCCUGGGGAAGUGGCUUUCUUUUUAAACUGGUUCAUCAUACCCUGACCUGUGCCUCUUUGCCCACUCUUCCUUCUGCCCUGGAGUCCCUCUUUCUGUGGACUAGAAAUGUGGCCGAAUUGGCGGGACCAUCGAGCAUUCUUUGCUGUAACCAUUGCCUGAUGCCAUGAGAAGGAAGGAAUUUUCUCUGUUUUUAAAAGUUGGUGACUCUUCCAAAAGCAACAAGAAAUGCAGAUUGUGACCGGUAGUCUUUAUUAAGAGUGAACAAAACUGCCUGCAGCCCUGUUGAUUUACUAAUUGCAGUUGAUUACUAAGGUACGACUGAAGGUCAGGUCAAAUUGAAAUGCAGAAGUUCUCAGUAGAAUAAUGUGAAUAAAAAUGGGAAUCCUGUUUGUAUUACAAGUAACAGUGCAACUUUUUGAAAAAAGCAAUUUCAGUUUUAAUCACUGAUGUGAAAAAAGGCAACAUUCACUUGGAGUUAAUCUGUAGUCUGGUUUCUGUUUAUCUCUCACACCACUACCCUCGGUAUUAAGGUACAUUAUUAAUAAAUACACAGUUUUUUAUUAAAAGUUAAGAAUACUCAGCAUCCUGCAGUCCGUGUAAAUAAAACAUUGCCUCUCCUGAUUCGCAUUACUUAUUUUGCUGUUGUAGAAGUCUAAAUUUGCCGGGGUUUUAUUCUGGCGGCCAUAUAACCAUUGGUUUUAUUUGGCAUGACCCUAUUUGGUGGUGCUUAGAUUGACUUAAGGAGCCCUGGUAGCACAGUGGUUAAGCACUUGGCUGCUAACCAAAAGGUCAGUGGUUCGAACCCACCAGCCACUCUGAGGGAGAAAGAUGUGGUAGUCUACUGCCAUAAAGUUAGAUUACAGCCUUGGAAACCCUAUGGGGCAGCUCUACUCUGCCCUGCAGGGUCACCAUGAGUGAGAAUUGAUGGCAGUGGGUUAGAGUUGAAAUUGCACCGAGAAACCAUUUCUCAUUUAGACGAUUAGCAAAAUUGGCGUAAAUGUUAGUAGGCCUACACUUCUGUGAAGUAAUGAUUAACUCAAUGACUUUCACUUAAGGUACACUUUUUAUUUUACUAAUAAAAUAACAUUCAUAGCCUCUAUACUUUGUAGCAAUGUUUGCAAAUGUUUAAAAUUAUAAAUCCUUUAAAUUUUCCAAUGUUUCUUUGAAUUUAUUAGAGACCUAUGGUAAAGUUACUGAAAAGCUGGGUAGUAAACCCACCCAGUUAAAGAUAGCACUUUAUAAACAAGGAAAGAAAAAGAGAUGGGACUAUUUCUAUACUUACAUGCUGCUGACUAUUGACUCUUUGUAUUUAAGUGGAAAGUACUACCCAUUAAUUAAAGACUUGUUUAAGUGGCUCAUAAUUACAUUUCAUUCAAAUAUGUUAGGGUAAAUGGCUUUGUAAUUGCUUUAAUAUCUAACUCACAAACAAAUCUGCUUGUAAGGAGGUUAUAAACAACUUUUGUGGGGGACUAAUUUGAACAGUCUUUAUCCCUGAGCCUUCUUGGUCUCAUUGUUGCUGAAACAUAAUUACCUACAGCCGAGAGAGGUAAGGAAACCCUGGUGGCGGGCGUACUGGUUAAGUGCUAUAGCUGCUAACCAAGAGGUCGGCAGUUCGGUUCUGCCAGGUACUCCUUGGAAACUAUGGUGCAGUCCUACUCUGCCCUAUAGGGUCCCUACGAGUCAGAAUUGACUAGACGGCAGUGGAUUUAUAGAGGUAAAGUAGGUGCAGUAACAGCCUGCAGAAGGAAUGAACUGAGCUGUGAACUGCACAGGGCAGCAGCAUCUAGAAUUCUUAGAUUUUUUAUUUCCCAGGUCGGAAAUCUGUGACAAGUUUAUCAUCAUGCCUUUCUCUAGGUAGCAAUUGGAUUUGUUUAAAAAUGAAUGAAAAAAAUCACAUAAAAUAUAUGAAGCAUUAUACAUUUGUGCCUUUACAUUUGUCUUAGGAUUAUGGAAAUAGGGCAUGAACACCUGGGAAGCACUUUCAUCCACACAGGUGGGUGAAGAACCAGUCUAAUUUUGUAUAAAGAUAGGUUCCUUGAAGGUGAAAGUGGUCGUUUGUCCUGAAAUUAUAUCACCAUCACAUGCAUCUAGUGCAGACGAGCUAUGACUUCCAGGGGAAGACUCUUCAAUUACACCGACAUGUAACGCUAAGGUGAACUAUAAAGAGUGGACGCUUCAGAACCACCUAGAUGUUCUACUGAACAGUCAGUAUUAAUCUCUGAAAUGUGUGUUAGUAACUAACUGCACAACAUGUAUAAUUUCCUAGAUCUUUACCAAUUGAAUCAAUACUUCAUUUACUUGUUUUUCACCUGAAAAGCUUUGACUUUUCUAUUAAAAUAUAUUUUAAAUUUUACAGAAAAAAUCAUUCCUGAGGGAAACUACUUGUAACCUUCAUUUUUACCUUGUGGUUGUGUGCCGUAAAGUGUAGCAUUUUCAGCUACUCAGCUCUACAUUCCUCUUAUUUUUUCCAUUUCAAAAGCAAGAGAUUAUAAAAAGCAAAUAAUUUGUGUAAUUUGAUAUUUAUAGAGUUGUGCCUACCAUUAAUGGAAAUGUGUACAUCAGAUAUUUAGGUGUUUAUCAAUAUAAAACUGUGUGAUCAUAUGUGUUUCUUACAGGUGCACUUGAAACUCGUAAAUGUCACAGUUUUGUUAAGAUUUUAUGGUAUGUAAAAUGCAGCUAGCUUACAUAACUUGAAAAUUUGGUACUAUUUCAUUGUCAUGCCUGAAAACUUGGAGUCCAGGAUGUCUUGUCUUAUUUUUUAAAUAAGUGAAGCUUUGAGAGUUUGAGAAUGUAAACUUUGUUUAUAAAGUUAGUUUUAUCAAAAUAAAAGAAGCCCACUAGAGUUUUUCUGUCUGUAGUUCAUUUUUCCUUUGUAAUUCUUUAUACUUUUCACUUUUUUGUACAGUGCUUUACAUUUUACAAAAUGCUUUUUGCAGUUCCAACUUAUCUGAUCCUUUCGCUAUCCUUUAGGGUUCCUGGCCAUAUAUCCCUAAUUUACAGAUGAGGAAAUGAAGCUGAAGAUCGAUGGUUGUUCAGGGUCAGAAGUAAAUGGCUGUUAGUAAGGUCUUUUGAUUCAGUGCUUUUCCGUAUUAUGUUUUCUACACUGCGGAUUGCCAAGUUUUGGCAAAACUUCUGUAGUUUGGUCUCAAUGAUGGAGGACUCAGCUUGCAGAGAGGGUAGCCACCACCUUAAAAAAAAAAAAAAAAAUGCACACACCAUCUGCCAUAAAUCCUCCCUACCCAAACUUGAUCUUAGAUAGGUAUAGGAAUAGUUUUUUCCGUUUUCUUCAGCAUCCGUCCAGCUUUAGACAUCAACAAAUUCAUCUCAUCAAGCCUUCCUUUGAUCUAUAUUUUAACAAAAUUCACCUGUAUAAGAGGGCACAGGAAUGUGGCAAUCCUUGGUGUAGCUUCCCACCAUUGUGCUCUCUUAGGGAGAGUGCAUUGUGAUUGCUGCUGGCUUUUGGUCAUUUUAUGACAACCCAUACAACAUUUUUUAGUAUAACUGAAUAUCUAGGGAAACCUAGUUUAUUUCUAGAAUGGCUUCUUUCCCUAGAAGUAUGUAUCUUAAAAGGACUCAUUGGUGAUCUCUUUCACAUUUUUCCUAGUGAAAGGUUUUUAUUUUGUUAAAGAAAUGACAUUAUUUGGGAUUCCUCCUAAGGUUAACUCUAAAAGUAAAUGGGAAUUUGCUGCAAACCCGUGUUCCUUCAGCGAUGAGUCAUAAAUUUUCAGAAAAUACUAAAUAGUAGAGAGCUGGAAGAUGGAACUUGCUUCUCUAGAUACAGCAGUAGAGUUGGUUAUGUUCCUAUUUGCUUUUUUCCCCUAACAUUAUAAAGAAAUAACCUUCACGUUAUCAUACGCUUUCCCCUUAACUCUCUCUUUAAAUGUCAGUUUCAACUAGGAAGUGGCUUCCCCAUUCCGUUAGUAAUUACCUAUUUGAUGUAUUGAUGAGGAAUGUGUGACAAAAGCCUCUUGGCACGAUGCCUGGCACAUUGAAGGUACUCAAUAAGUGGUGUUGUUUUAUGGAAAAUACUGAAGAAAUAUUUAGUAGCAAUACAUCAUAUACUUAACAUGGAUAAAUUCAAUAGCUUGCACUCAUGCCAAGUGAGUAAAGGUGUUUUUCAUACAACAUACCUCCUAACUGCCAGUCAGCCACUUCAUCUACAGCUCAAACAAAAGAACAGCAGUUGAUUCCAAUUCUGGAAGUAAAAUUGCUUUUAAUGAGAUUUUAGUUUGUAAAUGAUUUUAAGAAAUUUUCAGAAGUAAAUUAGACUGUAAAUUUUACCUAGAAGCUGACUCAAGUAUAAAACCCCUAGGAGAUUCUAACUGGCUUUAAAUAUUCUACGUACUGUCACGUAUAUAAAUGUCUAUUAUGUGAAAUCCUAAAAAUCAAAAAGAGUAGGGAGAUGAAGUUUAGCUUAGCCUACUGAAUUUUCUAAUAAUCAUUUUAACAUGGCAUGAUUGCCUCCUUAGAUCUAGAACAGUCAACCUUUGAAAAUAAUGUCAGAGGUUACGUGAGCACAUAAAAGAUUAAAAGAGAUCAUUUUAAAGCACCCUUGUGACCAGCUCUGUCUUGGGAACCACUGCUCUAGGCCAUAUCUGUUCUGACCAAAGGUUUAACCAGAAAUGGCGCUAACACAACCACAGAAUGACGUGAUUUAAUCAGCCCUUCAUUACUGGAGUAAAGUAGGAUCAUGUAAUUUUUUUUUUUAACCCAACAUUAUGCUGUCCCAAACAAAAAACCUGGAAGCCCCUGUUAGAAUACUCUCCUAGGUCUCUAAGAAGCUUUGAAUUUAAUAGUCUAGAAAUAUAAUCGAACAUCCCUGAGAUUCGUCCAGAAGUUUCGGAUAGUGAUCAAUGUGAUCCUCAAGUUGGUAGCGUUUAAGAGGAAAUCAGUCUGGCUCUAGUCAACAGUUCAAUGCUAUGUGAGAUUCUAAAUCUGGCUAAGGAUUUUCUUUGGCAUUAGGAAAGCACACUUUACAAAAAGUAAGCCUUUUAAUAUGACCCUCAUCUACUCAUUCGAUUUUGGUAUGCAUUGUAUCGAUAGCACAUUGAGGUACAGCGACUCAGCUAUUUGCUGAAUUCACUGAGCUACUUGCUUACAAGUUCAUGUUGCUAGUUCAUAGCAGAGCCUGGCUCUAGGGUUUGUGCACUUGACCACUGUGCUAUGCCACUUCUCUGGGAAUGUCUCUUAAGACAGUCAACUGGCCCUCAGCUUACAGAGCUACCACCUAAUGAUGCAGAAAAUUGUUGACCACAGUACCUGUAAAAGAGAUCAAACUAAAGACCACUAAUGGGUAAAGCAAACCUGAUGGCUACAACAAAUAAUGGAUUUAGCACGCUAAUAUCACUGCUGAGUUUGAAUAGGAUUAGAUCUGGAUUUUGAAGUGUUUGUUCUUUUAGUCUUACUGAGGAUAAAAUGCAUUUGGUUUGGAAAAGAAUAUGUACCUGUGGAGGAGCUGCUAAAAUUUGUGGGGUGUUUAUGUUUCUUUUUUAGGCUCACCUACCCUCUCCCCAGCCCUUGUCUGAGCACUUAUACGUUGAUGGAAGGGUCCAGGCCGGCUUCCACAUGAUCCUGAGAUUAAAGGCAGACCAGGAAGAGAAGCAUCAACACCACAUCCAUUUUCCAUCCCGUCAAAUUAAAAAAUGUAUAACCCACUGAAUCAGAAUUUUGAUAAUUCAUGUCAGAAUAGGCAGAAGCUUUCCUUUGUUUUAAAGGGUGCUCUUUGAAUGUUUUAAAAUACUGAAUCAUUACGAAUAUUAGCUCAUUGUUUACCAACUGCUCUUAAAAUGAGUCACUUGGCACAACUUUGAUGCCCAGUUAACUAUGUGUGUACUUCAAAUGAAUAAAAGUGCCUUGUUUUUUAUGAAGAAUAUUUUGUAUUAAAAAAUUAAUAUAGGCUCAUGGUUUUAAACAAAUGACAAUGUAGAAGCAGAGAGGGUGAAAAGUAAGUUACUCAUUUCUCCCCCUAUCUUCAUUCACCAGUAUAACUUCCACCCUUUUCCUCAUUACACUUUCCUCUAAUUUAGGCU